AUGGGCUUAGGCGUGUUGAAUGAUGCUCAUAUGGCUGCCCCUCCGGGGACAGUCAAAAUUGGGGCUACGGCAACAGUCGAAGAUCCAGCGGAGGACGCAAGUUCGCUGAAGCGCGAUGGCGAUAUCAUCCUCCAGCCGCAACCGUCCGAUAAUCCCAAUGACCCCCUCAACUGGUCCCGGGCUUGGAAAGAGUCCAUUAUGGUAAUCUUAGCGUUCAGCUCAGGAGUUACGACAGCUUUGGGUCCAAUGAUCACCCCAGGUAUUCAAGUUGUCUCGAUGAAAUAUGGCGUUAGCCUAGACAUGGUUUCCAGUCUUCUUAUCGGCUUUCUUGCAUUCUGGAUCGGAUUCACGACAUUCUUCACCGCGUCUGGCGCAAACAUCUGGGGAAAGCGCCCUUUUUUCGUUAUCUCGGCCCUCGUACUCCUCGCCACCAACGUGUGGGGUUUCUUCUCCAGUUCCUUCCCUUCUUUAGCGGCUAUGAGAAUCCUUCAGGGUAUUGCAUCGGCACCGCUUGAAACGCUCGUCACUUCCACCGUUUCCGACAUGUACUUCGUGCACCAGCGCGGUACACGCCUGAGCAUUUGGGGUUGUAUGUUGGCUUCCGGAGUCCUACUAGGGCAGACGAUCUCCGGUGCCAUCAUCCAGAACAUCUCCUUCGAGGCAACCUUUGGCAUAUCCGCUUUGAUCUUCAUCCCCAUCGUGCUCCUGAUGUACUUCGUUGUGGUUGAGACCACGUACAACGGGCCGCGCGGCGGCUCCAAAAUUGAGAUCGAAGAGAAGGGCUCUUUCUGGACCGUCGACACCGAUGAAAAGGAAACAUAUGCUCAAAAGCUCCGCUUGUUCCGUGGUCGCAUCUCCGGAGAGUCGUUCUGGAAAGGAGCCUGGAAGCCCGUCCCUCUGAUCGCAUAUCCUGCGGUGCUGUUCUCCACGGUCGUCUAUGGGUCGUACUUCACAUGGCUGCUGACCAUUUCAGUGCUUUCGGUAACGGCUUUCAGCAUGCCUCCGUAUAACCUCAACCCCGCCCAGAUUGGCCUCACUAACCUACCGCUCUUGGGUGUGGCCCUGAUCGGCUCCCCGAUCUCAGGAUGGAUGGCCGAUGCAGCCGCAAAGUUCAUGGCGCGUAGGAACGGCGGCAUUUUCGAGCCCGAGUUCCGCCUCACUCUAAUGCUCGUGGCGACGCCACUCGCAACUGCAGGCUUCCUCGGCUUCGGCAUGAGCGUCCAGAAUGGCGCUCCUCUCCAGUGGCCCAUCCUCUUCAUGGCAAUUCACUCGCUCUCCGUUCCGUUCGCUUCCCAGGCAUCGCUUACAUAUGUCAUCGACUGCCACCCUAAGGACGCCAACCAAGCUUUCGUCACCAUCAACUUCACGAAGGCUGUAUUUACUUUCAUGGCGACUACGUAUGCGAACGGGUGGUUCUUGAAGGUCGGACCAAGGGGCGUGUUUGACGUGAUUACCUUGAUCAACCUUGGCGUCUGCUGCCUUACCAUUCCGGCCUACAUAUUCGGCAAGAGAUUUCGAUCAAUGGUUGCCCGCAGCAGCUUCGGUCAAAAACUUUCCGGCUAG